GUCAGAGUUGAGCAAGGAGCGUGUAGCGGUAGUGUGGAUUUAUAUCUCGUCAGUGUGUGGAACGUUAGCACGGAAUAUUAACACAACAGUUUGCCGAGAUGGGGGACGCGGCCCUUGACUUAUCCGCUAAACCUAGUGCGUGUUCCCCUCCCGAGCGUGUUAGUCCGCUACCUGUCAAAACAUUUGUACGAAACAGUAACUGUGAAUCAGGACGCUCAUCUUCAUCUUCCGUCCAUUCUUUGACAAACGAUUUGGAUCAUGACAAUUUUCGAGAGGAACAGAUAAAACGAUCACCUAGAGACUACUCAAAUCAUAGUUCACCAAAUACUGUCGAAGAUAAGGCUCAAUCAGAUACCACUGAUGGGGCGUUCACUCCAUCCCGACCCUUCAAAAUGUACUCCAUGGAUCAAUUUUCCGCAUACAACGGUGUUGGAAGCGCUCCCACCUCUCCACUAUCUCCAAUGACCGGUUCGUUUGGCAUGCCAAGCAUGUUCGAAAGUCAUUCGUCGUAUCCUACCUUUCCUCUAACACCCCUUACAUCACAUCUCAUGCAGCGAAAACGACGAGCGGAAAAUAGGACCGAAACAGCUUUGGAUAAAAAGCUUAAAACUGUUCCAGAAGACAAGAAAGACGAAGCAUACUGGGAACGGAGGAGGAAAAAUAACGAGGCAGCAAAGAGAUCGAGAGAUUCGCGGAGAUGUAAGGAGGAAGAGAUAGCCAUGCGGGCAGCGUUCCUAGAACAGGAAAACCUAAAACUCAGGGCACAAGUGACAAUUUUAAAAAACGAAACUGCUAAACUGCACUAUAUGCUGUAUAAUAGACUAUGAUGAACAUGGUGCCUGUCUCGGAAGUAUGGCUAGGAAUGGUGCGAAAAAGUUUUUAUCGAAAGUGCUGCAAUAAGAAUCUGUGUGGAGAGUGAUGAGGGAUUAUUCUGACAAUGUGCUUUAUGUUUCACUCCUUCAUUUCUAUAAAUGAUUGGUUUUUAUAAGCUGAUGAAAAAAUGUUUAAAAAUCAUUUUUGAAGUGAAUGGAACUCGUAUGAAAAUAAUGAGAACGAAUCUCGAUAUGGACUAAUUGAGUAUAAGAGUUGUACUCUCAUAAUGACCCGUGUGCAUGCCGCUGAAAUUGACAGUAAUAUAUACUCAUAAAUGUGUAGAUGGUGAUAUACCGUUUGGGCAGUAGCUGAGAGUUGGACAAGCGAUCUCAUUAACAAUAACCAACAUUGAACUUUAUAGUUGUCCAUGUCAUAAUUAUCAUAGCGCCUAGACUUAAUCACGUGACGUGAAUUUCUGCUAAUAUCUUUCUACCCUAUGAAACAAUUAAGGACGAUGCGGAGUGUAAAUGCAAACACCGCUUUUUAAAGUCAAUGCCUUUUUACUGAAGCUUUAAGAAUGGUUAAAUCGAAAUCUUUCUGGUUUUAAAUGUUUGCAUAUAAUAACAUAAGACACAAACAGGACUGGUGUUAGUGCCAAUUUAUAACGUGUUACGAUCAAAGUUUGCCUAACUAUCAGCAACAUCCACUUUUACAUAUUAUAGCAUAAUGUAGAGUAAGUAAGUUAUGCCUGUGUUUGAACGUUUCAGUUUAUAUAUACAUAUAUAUAUCGUCAUUUAAUAUCGUAGUGCUAUUUAAACAUUGUAGAAAAUUCAGGCUGCUUAGUGAAUUUUUAUAAUCACUUAUGCAGGCGUCAAUUUAUUAUAUAUGAUUUCAUUUUUAACAUUGAUACAAUUAACUCGUUUACCUUGUUUGUAAUGUUCGUUUAUGAGAUCGCAUCACUGAAAAGUCUCCAUAAAUUAAAGACAGAUAUUAUUUUAAUUAAAAUAGAAUUUAAUAAGUUCAGUAUUAUUUGGAAUUCUAAAGUUAUUAAUAUGCUUUUCUAUCCAAAAUCAAAUUUACUUUCUGCGAUUCAUUUUCGUUACAUGUCUAUCGAAAUAAAAAUAUCAGAAAUACAAUUGUAGUAACCCGAGUAAUAAAUUCAGCAAAUUCCUCACAGAACAAGUAUGCAAAUGAGUUUUGAAAAAUGUGCUGCAUACAAAAUAUUUAGGAAGUAUUGGAAAGAAGAAGUUAUUUUUUUAUGAGAGGAAAAAUUUAACUUGAUAUAUUUUGAAGAAAGUGCUUUAAUUUUGACCAAUUAAGCUGUUAUAUCCUAUUGUAUAUGUUAUUUUGAAUAAAAUUAUGUCAUUUCUCAUUUUUACCUUACACGUGUAAGUUUAAUACAUGUGUAUGAGACCUGAUCUGAAUGGUAUACAGUUUGUGUUGGAGAAUGAGGGAUGUAUUUGGUCGUGAACAAAACCUGGUGCAAACUCUCGCUGUCGACAUCAAAUAUAUUUAUCAUUCGUAUUGUUAAAAAAUUUGUAAGAAGAAAAUAAACAAUUAAA